GGCGGAGCGCGAGCGGCCGAGGCCGCUCAGAGGCUGCAGGUGAGCGCGCGCACGCGCUGCGGCUCUGGCCCGGCUCGGCUACGCGCGCGCGGGCUCGCGGAGGAGGCGGCAGAGAGCGAGACUGCGGCGUCUGUGGCCUCUGCUCCGCCCUCUCCUCCGCCACUGCCGCCGCCGCCCCCAGGCCCGGAGGGAGGGAGCCGUGUCCCCGCCCGGCGAGCGGCCAGUCCGACCCUCGGUCCCGCCGCGUGAGCACUCGCCCAGCGGAACUCAGCGCCGACGCCGCCUCUGCAGGUGCCGUGACGAGGCGCCCCGGGCCGCGACCGCUCUCCGAAGCCAGCGGCCGCGCACUCGCUGCCCGCGCUCCUGAGGGCUGGCCGGGGAGGCCGCCGCGGGCCCAGCGCGCAGCAUGAACCGCUGCCACCGGCACGGCGCGGGCAGCGGCUGCCUGGGCACCAUGGAGGUGAAGAGCAAGUUUGGAGCCGAGUUUCGUCGAUUUUCACUGGAAAGAUCAAAACCUGGAAAAUUUGAGGAAUUUUAUGGAUUACUGCAGCAUGUUCAUAAGAUACCCAACGUCGACGUGCUGGUGGGCUAUGCAGACAUCCAUGGAGACUUACUGCCUAUAAAUAAUGACGAUAAUUACCACAAGGCGGUUUCAACAGCCAAUCCACUGCUUCGGAUUUUUAUACAGAAGAAGGAAGAAGCUGACUACAGUGCCUUUGGUACAGACACACUAAUAAAGAAGAAGAAUGUUUUAACCAAUGUGUUACGUCCUGACAACCAUAGAAAAAAGCCUCACAUAGUCAUCAGUAUGCCACAAGACUUCAGACCCGUGUCUUCCAUCAUUGAUGUGGAUAUCCUCCCAGAAACACAUCGUAGAGUUCGUCUCUACAAAUACGGCACUGAGAAACCCCUGGGAUUCUAUAUCCGGGAUGGCUCCAGUGUCAGGGUGACACCUCACGGCUUGGAGAAGGUCCCGGGGAUUUUCAUCUCCAGGCUCGUCCCAGGAGGUCUGGCUCAAAGCACAGGACUAUUAGCUGUUAAUGACGAAGUCUUAGAAGUUAAUGGCAUAGAAGUUUCAGGGAAGAGUCUUGACCAAGUAACAGACAUGAUGAUUGCAAACAGUCGCAACCUCAUCAUCACGGUGAGACCAGCAAACCAGAGGAACAACGUCGUUAGGAACAGUCGGACUUCCGGCAGCUCCGGCCAGUCGACAGAUAACAGCCUUUUGAGCUGCUCGCAGCAAAUUGAACCAAGCUUUGAGCCAGAGGAUGAAGACAGCGAGGAAGACGACAUCAUUAUCGAAGACAACGGGGUGCCGCAGCAGAUUCCGAAAGCUGCUCCUGAUGCUGAGAGCCUGGAGUCCCUAACGCAAAUAGAACUCAGUUUUGAGUCUGAACAGAAUGGUUUUAUUCCUUCCAAUGAAGUGAGCUUAGCACCCACAGCAAGUGGCACAAACACAGAAUUUGAAGCACAUGCUGCAGAUCAAAAACUGUUAGAGGAAGACGGGACAAUCAUAACAUUAUGAAGCCAUUGCGUCAGUGUUUUCUGAAUCAUGAGGACGCCAUGGGACAUGUAAAUUUGGCUAGUAAUUUAACGCUUAUAUACCUCUGACCGGUAAUGUGGGGUAGGCAUGAGAAAAAUAAUACUGCAAGCUUAAAAUGUUACUACAAUAAUAGGUUGAUAAUUGUCACUGUAGACUUUGGUGGCUCAGAGGUGAAUUUACGUCUAAAACGAAAGGGCCUUUGCUAAUGAAAUUACGUGCUUUUGCUGUUUCUUCUGUGGAGAACUGGAGGUUGGAGCACAUUCCCUGAACUGUGUGAGAGGACUGGAUUGUGUGGCGUGAAGUGGUUGCAUAUUUAACCUGCUAUGCAGAGCCCAGUUAAUUUCCCCUUUCGCUGUGUCUUUAAAAUUCUGCCGUGAAAGUCUGAUUCCCUGUUGGUAUGCUGAGGACCUGAGGUUUAUGCUCCCAAUUCUGUGUGUGUGUUGUGUUGUUUUGUUGUGUUGUGUUUUUUAAAAUGUCGUUCCUUUGUUGUUAAUUGUAACAAACUGUCUUCACAAUGCAUUUUUCUUCCAAUUUCUAAGAAAUGAAGCCGGCUGGCCAGUUUUGGGGCUUGCCCCACCUUACUCAGCACUGAAGCCCUUCCCGAGUGUGACGCCUGACAGUUGCUCACAUUGGCGUUUGUCAUCCUCUCCUUCCUAGGUCCUGCUCGCAGGCCAACCCCGUGGGCACCAGCGAUGCUGUGGAAAGCAGUGCCACUGACUCACGGUGAUGUGGGAGCCUCUGUCCUUGGUCUUAGUCAUGUUGGAAGUCAUUCCGUUUGUUUUUAGUGAGUGUUUUAUUGGUGUGCGUUUUUAUAUUUUUAAUGCAUUCAAGUGGAAUGAAUCAUUUUGGAUUAAAAAAGCACCCAGAUGAAGAGAUUUUUACACACAAGACAAACUUGGGCACUUUUUAUACAAAAAUUGGGCUUUCCUUCACGGAUGUCUAGGAACACUGCCUACACUUUAUGAACAGUAUGUAGUAUUCACCUGUGACAGGGAGCGUAUUAAUUUUAUGAGGCUAUUUAUUAUUUUCCAGUGCAUCCACUUUGGGCGAGGUAGGCGUAAGGCUGCUGCUCUCAUCCUGUGCCUGAUCUCACCGUAUCGAGUGCAUCAGCGCUGCAGUACCAUGUACAUAGAGUCAGAGGAGGGGGAGACUUGCGUGCCCUCUGGCUAGGGAGAGUUAUUUAUUAAUUUUAUGUUUGGACUAGUACGGAUACCCUCGUAACAAUUGUGUGCUAUUACAACAAUGAAGAUUUAAGUGACUCCGUUUUGAAGGAUGUUAUCUCUACAUAGUAAAGUAUAUGAAGAAGUGAAGUCUUAAUUAAAUCGUGAUCACUGGACUCGCAGACUUCACUGUUUUUUGUUCUCGUUACCACUAAGCAUAUUCUCUGUAAACUGUUAACUGACUACACAACGUUAUGUGGCACAAUGGACUUCUUGUCAGAUUCACUCAGUUCUUCCUCGUCUGUGUGAUGGCAUUCCAGCUUUAACAUUCUUUGAGUCUUAGAGAUUUGACUCUCGAAUGGCAAGAUAAUGUUUGUUGUAGCAAGGUAAAUUUCAUUUAUAAUAUAAGUGGUGCAGGGGUUCAACAUUUUAAGUAAAAAUACUUUUACACACUACCUCUCUUUCUUUUUUUUUUUUAACAAAGUUUUAACAUUAGAACUUUUCUCUUGGUGAAAAAUACUUCAGGGCUUGACUUUUGUACACAUUUUAAAUGUAAAGUAUAUACUUGUAUCUGUUCAUGAAAAUGGAAAUCAGAGCUGCUAGUGCUUUUUAUUUAAUUAUCCUAUUAAGGAUAUAGAGCAGUGGUGUUUUCAACUAGAUCUCAGUCGUUUAAAUUAUUGGUGAAAUAAUUGAUUAAUAGCAUUCUGGAAAACUGUUAGGUCUUGGUUACUGGCAGGUCUUAUGCAGUUACUGCAUUUUACUGGUAAUCUAAAUCAAUUAUUUCAAGUUCCCCUUGGUAACAAAAGUAUCAGUGAAUCCAGUGUAAAAUUAUAUAGUCCUAAAUGUCAAGCCUAACUGUGAAUUUUGUUCGGUACCUUAAGUAAACUUAAUAAUGUUCUCAAGCUAUCAGCAGAAAUAUAUGUACUUUUGUGAACUAUGAAUUUUCUAAUUAAAUUUUACAUGUUAUAACAUGAUUUUUACAUGAAUGAUACUUUGUUUAAACUAUCAAAUGUCAGUAUUUUACUACAAUUUUAUUAUAAAAUGUACAUUAUCACUAAAUGAGCUUUUGAUUUUUAAAAUCAAAUUAGCUUUAGUUGGAUAUUAUUUUUUACAAAUAAAAAUAGACUUGCAUAAAG